GUCGUAACUCCUCGGCAUCGUCUGCAAACCCUGGUGAAAAUCAGAAUCAUACUAACAAAUCCCAAAAAGUACUAGUCUGCAUACAUAUUUUAGCAAUUUGAAAAACAUGUAACUUACCAAUGAUAUCCAUCUCGACGUGGCUGUUUUUCAAGUUUCAUUUUUUCUUUGCAUUUGCAUCGCAUUCUCCGGUGCAAAAGACCCUUCUUCUGCAUCCACAACACAAUCUUUCGUUUGUGCGAAAGGGUUUUAGGUUUUCGAAUUAAACACAAAAGUUCCUGCACUAAUCUGGACAUUUUAAUUCAACCAGAAACUCAUGGGUGCAGGCUCACUCCAAAUCCGUUCAAAAAGAAUCGGCUUUCCGUUUCGGAAUCACAAGACCACUCCAAAAGAUGAUGGCAAUUCAUUCCAUUGGCAUGCAUGACAAUGAUGUGUUUUCAUGCAUACUUUCAAUAAUCGAUACUUCGAGUAGUUACACUAUUAACUUGCAUCUCGUUGUUUCUUAAGAAUUGAGAAAAUUAAACCUGAAUCGGCUCCUUGAAAACAUGAAAGAAUCAGAGUCGAUUCGAAAUUGAACACUCCAAAACCCGGGAAGAAUGACGCAGGCACGUCACAAUCUACGCACGCAGCGGCAUUACCCGUCAUACUCUACGAGACAAAUCUGGACAAUCAUCGAACAUCGUGACUGAUUAAAUAUGAGCCGAAAGCGGGUGCGGAAAGAUACUAACGUUAAUUCCCCUGACAAUAUCACCGGUGAUGAUUCAACAUCAACGAAAAACGACACACCUGCUCCAACUUACACACAUGAGCUUGCAACACUUAAAAUACAGCUUCAAGCUGAAAAAGAAAAAGGGGACCUGAGAGAUGAAACCAUUGCGAUUCUGAAAACUGAUAAACAGUUCCUCCAAGAAGAGUUGGUAAAGAAAGAUAGCUUUAUCAGGGAACUGAUAAAGAAAAACGAAGAAAAGAAACCAGGCCUAAAAGCAUCAAAGAAAUCUCCACGGAUUGCCAUUUCUAGUUCAGAGGAGGUCAUUGAUUCUGAUGAGUCUUCAAGCCUUUCAGACUCCUCCCUUGAAGAGGUCAAGGUGAAGAAGAGAAAACACAAGCACAAAAAAAUAGCACUACCUCUAGCUGAUGCUAUUGGACACAACCUGAGGAACACCAGAGGCAUCAUUCGCAGAUACCUUGACACUCUAGAAGCCUUCAAGAAGGUGAAAUCCAUGAAAGCGGCAUUUGAUGCUAUUGGAGUGGACAGAAACACAAUUGCAAGAACUGCAAUUAUUGCAGAGCUGCAUCUGGCUGCACCUGAUGUUUUGAAGACUAUGGGCCAGUGGAACGACAAAACAGAGACACUGAGCAGAUUUAUUGAAAUGGACAGGUUUUGA